UUAGUUUAUAUAAAUAAAUAAUUGUAUUAAUUUAUUACGUAUAAUUUUUAUUAUACACUGUAAAAGUUCAUAGUUGUUGUGGUGUCACACUCCAGACUCUUUUUAUAGCUCUUUAAUAGUUUAUUUCAAAGGUUUUUGGGGGGGACUGCAUUAUUUUACAGUUUCCAGAAGGACUUCAGAAAGACUUUAUUUCAUAUUUUAAUCACAUUUUUACAAUGAAAAUGCACAUUUUAGUGGUGUGUUGUUCAUUAUGUUCACUGGAAUGCAUCAUCUGUCGUCUGUCACCCCGGUGUGAUGCAUUAAUGUCCAUUUCCAUCUCAUUUUACUUUCAUGUGAAGGUUUUUUUCCACCAUUGAUCACGUCUUGCAUCUUCACCUUUUUAUAGCUCUCUCAGUUUUUCUAUUUAAUGAAAUAUUAAAAUAGUCUUUUUUUUAUUUUUCUCCUGGACAUCAGUUGUCCAGUUCUUUAAUUAUUAUUUUUUUGUUUCAAUGGGGAGAUGGAAAACGAGUGCUUUGAAUGUCAUCAUUAAUCUGCUUUCCAAACAAAUUAGCAAAGCCUGGUGCUACUGGAGUCCGCAAUGAGUUUGCGUUUGCGGGCGACGGAUCAAAUCCUGCUGUAGCCGGAGCUGUUGACUUCAUGGGAGCUUCCUGCCCCUUGGACCCAGGAAAUGAGUUGCUGGGGGAGUGUGGAAAGAGGCUAAGUGAGUCUUUAUGGGCCUCUGAAGACCUCGGCUGCGGGUCGGAGAUAAGACGGGACAACGGGGGGAGCCCCGAGCGGAACGGAGCCUCGGAUUCUCUGAGGGCGAGCAGCCUCGACGCCGCGGAGUGCCUGAAUGAAAUGAGCAAUCUGUCCGGGAUGUCUUUAGUUCGCAGCGCGGCUUUGGAAGACCUGACGUCCAUCGGAGACAGAAGCUUGUGGGUUAAUCAAGGAGAAGAGCUCGAACAAGAUGGAGCAGCUUCAAAGUCCAAAAACAUCCCAGAAACUCAAGAAAGUCUGUCACACUUUGACUCUCAUUCAGAAGAUCUACAGAGAAACAUUUCCGAGAACCUUUUAACCGAAAUGCCAUCUGACACGGCGGCUGAAAACAGCAGCAGUGACUCAUCGUUACACAGGGCCGACUAUUCAAAGCCUGACAUUUCUGAUGACUCAGACAUGAGGAGCAUGAGUGUGGCUCAGACCACCGGUACCGCCGAGCUCCAGAAAACUCCCCCCGUAAGCUCUACAGCCAGAAAGUCUAUGGUGCCGGUCCCUAUUUUCAAAGCUCAAGCGAAGAUGGAUAACGGCUCUGCAGAUAAGACUCAAACUGCCAUCAAACCAACCUCUUCCCUUAAAAGACCAUCCGUAGUCACCAAGGGCAACAAAACACACGCCUCCUCCCGAAACGGGCCCAGCUCCAUCCCCGUUAAAGCCAGCAGCACAGGGCCCAGGCAGCCCGGAAGUCUCGGUGGUGCAAAGUCUCAAACCCCAGGAGCCAAACCUUCUGUCAGAACUGCAGCUCAACCAGCUAGUGCCAAGAAACCUCCCACUCCAAAAAAUGAAAAAGACGGGAGUGGACAGAACAGCCCCGGCACUCCAAAAUCUCCCAAUAGCCAAGCGCAGUCUGCGAAGGCGGCGGCCGAGGCCAACAAAGUGAAGAAGAUCGCAGUGGUGCGUUCUACGCCCAAAUCCCCCGGCUCACUGAAGAGCCGCCCGCCGGCCCCUCUGGCUGCGGCGGCGGCGCCCAUGCCGGACCUGAAGCACGUCCGGUCCAAGAUCGGCUCCACAGAGAACAUGAAGCACCAGCCUGGAGGUGGAAAGGUGCAAAUCCUUGAUCAGAAGGUGGACUAUAGUAGUGUCCAGUCUAAGUGUGGCUCCAAAGGCAAUGUGAAACAUGAACCCGGUGGCGGCAAUGUCCAAAUCCUCGAUAAGAAGAUGGACUUGGCUAACGUCCAAGCUCGUUGUGGAUCUAAAGACAACCUAAAGCACACUCCUGGUGGAGGCAAGGUACAAAUUCUUGAAAAGAAGCUGGACUUAAGCAAUGUGCAGUCCCGGUGCGGCUCCAAAGAUAAUAUAAAACAUGUACCCGGUGGUGGCAAUGUUCAGAUUGUGCACAAAAAGAUUGAUCUGACCAACGUUCAAUCGAAAUGUGGAUCAAAAGUCAACAUGCGUCAUAAGCCAGGUGGUGGAAAUAUCGAGAUAAAAAAUGAGAAGCUGGAGUUCAAAGUUCAGUCUAAGAUCGGCUCUCUUGACAACAUCGGCCACGUCCCCGGAGGUGGAGGCAGAAGGAUUGAGAGCCACAAACUGAGCUUCCGUGAGGGGGCCAAGGCCCGCACCGACCACGGCGCUGAGAUCGUCUCCUUGGAAGACUCCCCCCACCAGCUCAGCACCGUGUCCUCCUCCGGCAGCAUCAACAUGGCCGACUCUCCGCAGCUCUCCACGUUGGCCGACCAGGUGUCCGCCUCUCUGGCCCAACAAGGCUUGUGAACGCACCCCCACGACCUCCACUUCCUCCACCCUCCGCCACACGACCACGUAGAGGAGUUGUGAUGCCUUCCUCGUUAUUUUCACAGGACUUUUUUAGCUACCCAUCACUGUUUUCUCCUUCACUAACCUCUUGAGGCGUUACUUGUAGAGAGAAAAAAAGAAGUUAACAAGUAGGCCGACAUGUAUUUAAUCUCUCUCUGUGGUCUUUAUUUGCUCUUUCUACCUUUUGUAAGUCUCCCUUUAAGAGUUAAAGCAGAGCAAAAUUCUCCCUGUGAAUCUGAGGCUCUUCAUAUAUCUAAUCCUGGUAAAUCUGACGUCAUUUAACUCUUGGUUUCCCGUCACAUUGACUGUAAACCCUUUAGAAAGUUACGUUCUUAAUGUCCCGUUUGAUGGGUGUCCCCCCUGAUGAGAUUUCUUUUGAUAAAACUAGCAGUUUGUGCUACAGCAGGAGGAACAGCUAUAACAGGGUACGGCGAGGCGUGUCGGAGGAAGAACCGUCAAAAAGAAAAAGUAGCAAACGAUUUCGUCAAGGCAGAAAAAAAAAAAAAAAUGACCUCAGUGCUGUCUUUGCUUUGUGUAGUCCCGACACGACAGGAGGAUUAAAAAAAGAGAAAGAAAAAAAACAGAACGGCUAGAGUAGAAACUUUGGUUUGUGUUGGGCACAGUUUUAUAAUCGUACUCUGUGGAUAUAUGACAUGUAUUUGAUAUGAAGAAACAUUUGUAUUGUGCCUGCUACUGUCAGUGUUAUUUUAUUUUUUGUUACUGCUCUAUUGUAAAUGCGCUAAACGCUUGAGGAGGACAAUUAAUUAACUUAAAUGGCCAAAUGAUUAAGAGGAAUAGAGACAGUUCAUUACAGUAUUUACACUGCUAUAUGCACAUUAGGUAGAAUAAUCAUCACAGGCAUUGGGAAGUAUUCUUAAAGCGAGACUACGAAACUUCUGCUCAAAACUCAGACCGAGUGAGUGUGUUUAACUAUGUAAAAGGCGCCGCUUAUGAAUUUGACUUUUCAUCUGCGUUAUUUCCUCUUAAACGUUGCAUAGCCUCACUUUAAAAGGUUGAAGAGAAAAAAAGUAGUAUUUUAAAAUGUGCUCAUCCCAGAUGGAUGGAUGAUGGAUGAUGGAUGAAGAAUGAUGGGUUGAUAUGGCCAAGCUGAGAGGAGGGAAAACUGUACAGCAAAAGAGUUCAUUUGCUCGAGGCAGUUAAAUCAUUACAUGUGUAUCUGUAGCUGAGCAGCAGGACGCAGGAUUCAACACCAAGUGACUCUCAGCUGGUUGCUUUUAUCUUAUAAAAUACUUGUCUCUACCAAGCAGAAGCUACACUACACGGUCAAAAAGUAUGUGGACUAACUCCUGCAAGACUCCAACUCUUCUGGCUUUGAGUCAGAUGUUUGAAUUCAGGAAUUAGAAGGAAAAAUAAUCUGUUAAUUCACAAGAUCAGAAGCAAAGAUUAGUGGAAACGAAACUGCUUUUCUAUCCUGUUAAUCAUCUCAGGAUUAUCUUGCGACCCCUAGUGGUGGAACCGCGGUAGGAUAUUGGAUGCUGCAGCCUUAAAAUGGCCUUAAUUGUUACUAAGGAGCAAAAACAAAAGUGCACUAAAGCCGGGUUUCCACCAAAAGUCUUUUAGUCCCUGGAACUACUUUUUAAGGAACUAAAAGGUUCCUUCAGCCCACUGUUUUCUGUGUUUCCACCGUGGUCUAAAGACCUGUGAAGAUUAGACAAAUUAGUCCUCUGACGUAUAAAAAAGCAACAUGACGUGAGCUUUAAUCACUACGCAGUUAAAUAUGUCCACAAAACACAUUGAAGAUAAACGGUUUUAUCUCACUGGAAGAUAUUUACUGCUGCACGUUUGAUGUAAUGAAUGAAACUAAGAGCGUCUGUCUUCACAGUAAAUCCUCUGUUGAGUGUUUGAUGGUUAUCUAUUUGUGCAUUAGAGCGUAACCGCCACGAAACAAUCAGAAAAUAACUUGAUUUUGUGUCAUUCAGGGCCCCGUCGCUCUGCUCUAUCUGUCUCUCUCCUACCGAUCUUGCAAUCUCUCUUUUUGUUUCUCUGUCAGGAAGCCGACAGCAGAGCUUAACUUUACUUUUAAACGAAGAGAAAUGCUCCCCCCUCGUCGCAAUAUGGUCCUAAAUCGACACUAGAGUACUUCCGUGAUUAAUGAAUGAAGUGACGGUCAUCCUUGCAAACUCCACCCCGAAAGUGCUGGUACUUUCAGAAAGUACUACCCCUCGACGAGGGCCUUUUUUGGGGUAAAAGGGCCCCGUAAAAUGUCCUCAUAACUUAAGUUAGACCCUGGUCCCUGUGGUCGCAACGCAACGAGUUCCUCAAAAGGAGGAAAAGUUCCUGCGGUGGAAACAUGGCUAAAGUUAGCAGGGUUGUCCACAUACUUUCAACAUCUCGAGACGGAUUAGAAAAGAUUCUGAGGGAUUAUUCAUUUCCUUUAAGUGUAAAGAAGUUUGUAUUCGGUGAAUGAAAUGAAUGCAACCAGCUGUAACCAGAACAAUGUUCCCUUAAUGUACUCAAAUCCGUCCCUAAUGUCGAUCAAUAUUCCCAGUGACAUCACUAUUACUCGCAUUACUAUUAAGUGACACAACUUCUUGCAUGCACCUCAUGUAAGUAAGAGCUUGUUGCCUCUCCCCUUUCACAAAGUGGUCUCUUUGUAUAUCCUGUUUUUCUUUCUGGAUUUGGAAAGACUAAAAAAAAAAUCUAUAUAUGUGGUUAUAACGAGUCGAAACACUUUGCUCCCAACUGUGUGUGUUUGUUGCCAACAUAGAUAUAAAAAGUGGUUUAUCUCUAUGAUCGCAAAGAUGCUACUUUAAGUUAGCAGAUAGGACUUAAGAGAGUGCUUGCAACAUUAUCCGCAUGCUAAAUUCUUGGUUCUUUGUUUCUCUCGAAUAGACCACAUUUGUCUCCGUGUGCAGGACGGACGCGAGCGAGCGUGCUGAAGGACGGGACUCGAUCCCGCCGCACUGAGGAGUUAUACGUUAAUGUGCUUUGGUGGGUCCCUCUCACGGCACGAGAGGUUUUUUUCUGCAGUAACAAAACUCAUCACCUUGUUUUUAAUUUUUAGUUUACUUCUGACGCUGUACAGUUUGUGGAAAUGUGAUUGUUCUCGUUAUUGUGCAUUUGAUCAAUAACUGGUUUAUGAUGAUUCUUGUUGCUGUAUAUGUGUAUUUGAAAAUAAAUGCUAUGAAGUCAC